CUUAUACACAUUUUCUUUAAUCUGAAUCACAUAAAUAAAACUUAGGGUUAAAUAGUGCACAAAAAUAUGGUAGGUUUCUUUCUAAAGCCAAAUUCUAAAGGCCAUCAUGCUAGAUCAAUCAGUUUACCCGUAAGAUCGCAUCCUACCACUCUUAAAAUCAAAGAAGAACUCAACAAACUUCGUAAUCUUGAAGUUUGUUCUUCAAACUGUUUCGAUUUCACUAAGCUCCGCAUGGCCAUUCCAGGCCUUGCGGAGCUCUACAAAUCAAUAGGAGAUCUUCUAAAGCUACCCCAAACUCAACAAGCCUUAAAUAGGCACAAUGAUUCUUCAUGGGUUGAUGAGAUUUUAGAAGAAUCAAUAUCAUUCCUUGAUGUUUGUGAAAACAUAAGAGAAAACUUGUUCCUUUUAAGGAAAAAUAUUGCACAACUUCAAUCUAGCCUUAGGAGAAGAAACAAUGUUAAUGGUAGUAGUGAAUUGGAUAAUGAUAAUGAAGAUGCUAUCACAAAAUAUGCUUCCUUUGUGAAGAAAUUGAAGAGAGAAAUGGGUAAAUUUAUUGUUUCUUUGAAGCAAAUUGAUAAUAAAUUAUUAGAGUCAUCAAUAUUUAAUAAGAUAAAUAAUAACCAAUAUGUUAUUGCAAUUGUUAGGGUUCUAAGAGAGACAAGUUUGAUUUGUAAUUUUGUUUUUAGGUCAAUUUGUUGGUAUUUUUCUAGUACUAAUUCCCAUUUGCUAUAUAAGGGUAGCAAAUGGGGUUUAGUACUUAAAUUGGUGCAAAAUAAUAAUAAAGGUCAGGGUGAAGAUGAGCUUAACGAAUUAGAGGAUGUAGAAGCUGUGUUAAAUAAUUUAAUGGUUCGAAAAAUGAGUGCAGAUAAUACUAGGCAAAGGGUUCAAGUUGCAUGUAAGAAACUACAUGCACUUGAUACAACAACUCAAGGUUUUGAGAAAGAUCUUGAGUGUUUGUUUAGGCAACUAAUUCACACUCGAGUUUCUCUCUUGAAUUUACUUUCAGAUCAUUGAUUUAGUGUCAUAAUUAAAGCUUAAGUCAAUAGUCAUAGCCAUGAUAGCUUUUUGUGUUCAAAAUGUCGAUGCAUAUAUCCUUUUUAUAUUUGACAGUGUUAAAUAUUUUAGAUGAUAUUUCUUUUAAUUUUUAUAUUUCAAAGGAUGAGUCAUUCACUUAACAUUAUCCAAAUUUUGAAGGAUUUGUUAAAGGAUUAUCAGUGUUUUUUCAUCUUGAUAUGUAUUAUGUAUGUAGAUGAUUAUGUAAAUAAAAGGUAGUAUAUUAUAAGGAAAAUGGUGAAUAUCUUUGUAUUAUCUCAUUAAUUG